UUAGUGUUCUAGUACGUAGACUUGGAAAAUAUUAUUCGUCAUCAUGGUUUUUGCUCUUUGGCUUUAAAUACAGUCUUGUUUCGUAUGCAUGUCAAGACUUAUAAGACUCAGAGCAAAUUCCAUGCCUCUUCUUGAAAUUCUUCUAACCACUCUGUAAUAGUGGAUAUGUAUAUAUAUGCAUGUUAACGGCUCUGGUAGCUAACCUACUCUGAUCUGUCUAUUGCAUAAUAAUUAUGUUGUAUAUUUUGUAUUACUAUAUAUUUGUAACGAUAUGCAGAAGUUGACUGAUAGGUUUUGCAGAUAUUUAUUGCUCACAUCAAAUUAUUUUAAUAGCAGGACACAUAUCAGAAAAUACUCACAUUUAAGUUGUAAGAGAAAGUCAUGCACUGUGGACAGAGUUCAAAUAUCAAAUUUUGGACAGAUAUACAUCCCAGCAAGUCAGCAAGUGCAAUCACAUGCAAAUGCAAAGCCAAGGUUUCGUUUGAAGAGACUUACAUUAAAAUCAAAUGAUUUAAAUAACCUUAAACAAAUGAGUGAACCUUGGCAACCCACUCCAAACCAUGUUAGCUACGGAGGACAAUUUAUUGAAAUUUCUAGUGAUGACGACAGUGCCUCUGAAUCCUGGCAGGACAAUAUCAAUAGAGAGUCUACAAGUUGUGCUAGUCAAUCUCCAAAUUCUUCUAAUAUACCACCAGAUUUUCGAACCUGGGAGUCAACUGGCAAAACUACGAAGACCAACAAUGGUAACCCAUUGAGGUUUCGCGUGGUGUCGUACAACGUGUUAGCGCAGUACCUGUUAGAAUGUCACCCGUACUUGUACACAGAGUGCACACCUCGAAACUUGAAGUGGAAGAUCCGUGCGGCGCGACUGUAUGACGAAAUAUUGAAGUUGUCGCCUGACAUUUUAUGUCUCCAAGAAGUACAAGCAUCCCACCUAAACAGUUUUUAUUCAAAAUUCGAGAAAAUUGGUUACUCUGGCAUAUUUAAAAGGAAAACGGGACACCGCCAUGAUGGAUGCGCUAUUUAUUUCAAACACUCGCUUUUUGAAUUGCAAGAUACUGUCAGUGUGGAGUUCUACCAACCAGAGCUUCCCAUACUUAACCGCGACAACAUAGGCAUGAUGGUGAAACUGGUCCCUCGACAUUGCCCCGACACCCCUAUAGUGGUGGUCACCACCCACCUUCUCUACAACCCGAAGCGCACCGACGUCAGACUGGCUCAGAUGCAGGUGUUGCUGGCCGAAAUUGACAGAUUUGCGUACUUCGACAACGGGAGAGAAUCGGGUCACAUACCCGUGAUCUUGACCGGCGACUUUAACUCGACGCCGGAUAGUGCUGUCGUCAGGCUGCUCGACAAAGGACACGUCAGCGCCAGUCCGUUCCGGGACAGUUCGGAUUGGCAGAAAAUCGGCGUGACAGAUAACUGCCAACAUCUCUCCGUUUACUUGAACCGGUCCAAAGGAUUGCCUACUGAUUUUUGUAUGACAAAGAUCUACAAUUCGGAAUACCGGUCCACCUUGCCCGAGCUCGUGGACGGCUCGUCCAGCCGCGGCGAAGAAUACGGCGAGCUGUUCAACAGUGGCGCGCUGGGCCACGGCUUCAACCUGGCCUCCGUCUACGACAAGGUCAAACACGACGGCAGCCACGAGGCCACCACCUUCCAGGACUACUGGGUCACAGUCGACUAUAUUUACUUUAGUUGCUGCAGCAGCCUAAAGCUGGUGGAGAGACUGCGGCUGCCCACCGCGGCCGAGUGCCAGGCGCUGGGCAAGCUCCCCAACGACGUGUACGGCUCCGACCAUCUCGUGCUAGGAGGAACCUUCGAACUUAAGUCAGUUAAGUCCUCCUUAUAACGUAGCCUUAUGAUUCUGUUGAUUAAAAAAAUAUGACCGAGAAAUAUUUUUGUAGCGAUAAGAAUAAUUACUGUCGCUGAUUUAAAUCUACUGACGUGAUUUCAAGGCAUAGGAAGUGCUUCUGGUUUCAAUAGAUGAAACCAGAAGAACAUUGCCAAUUUGUAUUACUUCGCAAAUUUCAUAACAUGUUAUUAAUUAUUAUGUACCGGUUAGGUCUCCUGUAUACUCUUAAUGUAAAAUGUUACAUAGUACUUAUAGGGCACUCCAAAAUUCAGUAUUCUUAUUGUGUUUUAGAUAUGAACAGUAAUAUUAUAUGUUAUAACAAUUUUCAGAAAGUAUGAAAAUAUAUACGUAUUUUAUAAUCCAUGCAAACUAUAAAAAUCAACUAAAAUUCAGGAAAAUUGUUCAAUAAGGAAAGAUAGUUUAAUAAAGGGUUAGCAGCGUGCAUUAUUCAGGCCCUGGCCUCUGGAGUGGCAAGCGUCCUUACUAAUGAACUGGGAUUUGGUUGCACCGCCGCGGUAUUCCAAUUAGAAAUAGUAAUGUACAAUUUUAAGCUCGUGUUGCCUUAGAAACUGCUGUAAUAUUUUUAUAUAAUAAACUACAAUAAAAUAAAAUGUAGGUAAAUAGGCUUAUUGUUUCCCUAUUUGCAAUCAAAUCCCCGAUCACUGGUCCUUAGACAAUCAUAUUUCGUUUUCGACAGAAGAUCCACAAAUUACACAAUGCAAAUAACUUCGUGAACCAGGAGCACUUCUUAAGUUUUUAUCUCUAUUAUUAUAAUAAACAUUGUGACAAAAGACCUAUAGUGUUGUGAAAAUGCUUGAAGGUGUAGUCAAGGAGACAAUCUUUAUUGUUAUGCCAAUAGAAAAGUAAAUGUAUGUAAAAACUUA